AUGUUACCUAGUCCACGCGUGCAUAUCGCCCCCCCUCCUCCCCCGGUGGGUUCGUUGAACCCAACCUGUUCAAAGUGUACCCGACUACCUGUUCUCAUUCUCCCACCUGAUUCCUCCUCACGCCCCCCCCGCACCACCUACUUGGACUCUCCAAGCACCGCACCCGGCAGUCUGGAUCGAGCUAAAAUCUCGCCUCGGCGUUUUUCUCUACUCUCCUCCUCUUCUUGUUUGCCCUAG